AUGUAUGGAUACAAUUCACUAGGAUAUGAUCGACAUGGAUAUAACCGCCAGGGCUAUGACAAAGACGGAUAUAAUAUCAGUGGCUUUGACAUUUCUGGAAACCCUGACCAUAGAGGCAUUUACAAUAAGUACGGAUUUAAUCGAGAAGGUUUUAGUCGCACAGGAUUUGAUAGCAUUGGAAUAGAUCAGUUUGGAUUUUUCAACGACUCUUUCAAUUUGGACAACUUUGAUCCCUCUGGGUACGAUAUUACUGGAUACAAUCGUUAUGGAUUCAACAGACAAAUGUAUACACCAUAUGGAUACCACACGAAUGGAUCCUUUCAUCCAGAUGUCAAUGUAGCCAGCCUUGGACUCUUUGACUCCAAGGGCUAUAACAAAUAUGGAUAUAAUGCCAAUGGAUUUGAUCGCAAUGGAUAUGAUAUUUUUGGUUUCACAUCCAAGGGAUACGAUAAUAGAGUCUGCAACUUUUACUUCAAUGGCCCUUUCCAUGUGUUGGUAAAGCAUCGGGUCGCCACAACACUAAGUACACUGAAUACUUCAACUCUGUCUGGGAUUUCAAGGAUCUGCCCCCAGGUCACACCCCUUCCUGAGCAGAUUAUUUAUCAGGAUUGGUUUGAUCGUCAGGGUCAGAGGUCAACAUUGUAUGACCUGUAU